GGAUUUAGUUACGACGGAAUUAAAACUACUACUGUUGUCACCUUGAUUUGCAAUAAGUCGCACGUGGCCAAUCAGUGGCGACGACGUUUACCUUGCUUUACAUGAGUAACUUGCGGCCACCAUUGAACAGUCAUGAGCAACACCAGGAGCAAAAAUCCUCAGUCCCUUCGCGUCGGCGUGUUGGGCGCUGGCCGCAUUGGCACCAUUCAUACGCAGAUCCUGUCACGUUUAGGAGUUACCAUCGUAUCGGUUGCUGACCCUGGGGCCGACCGCGCGAAAGCUUUGGCCGACGAGUUUGGCAUUCCCAACUUCACCACGGACCCUAACGAUAUCUUCGAAGACCCGACCAUCCACGCAGUGCUCAUUUGUUCUCCCACGGACCACCACGCUCAUCAGAUUCACCUUGCGGCCCAGCACAAGAAGCACAUUUUUUGUGAGAAACCCAUCGCUCUGGACCUGGCCGUUGUGGAUGCCGCCGUCAAAGCAGUGGAGGAUGCAAACGUCAAAUUGAUGGUCGGGUUCAAUCGCAGGUUCGACGCCAACUUCAAGCGCGUUCGCCGCGCCGUCGUCGACGGCGAAGUGGGCGCCGUGUCCAUGAUUCGCAUCACGAGUCGAGACCCCAGCCCACCCCCCGUGAGCUACAUCAAAGUGUCAGGCGGCAUGUUCUGCGACAUGACCAUCCACGACUUCGACAUGGCGCGUUUCCUCGUGGGAAGUGAAAUCGACCAAGUGUUUGUACUGGGCAGAGCCUGCGAUGCCGCCAUCGCCGCCGCGGGGGACGUGGACGUGGCCGUGGUGUGCCUGCAGUUCGCCAACGGUGUCAUCGGGUACAUUGAAAACAGUCGCGUGGCAGCGUACGGGUACGACCAGCGCGUGGAAAUCCUCGGCUCCAAGGGCGCCGUCUCAUGCGACAACAACUACCCCAACACGGUACACAAACACCAAAAGCAAUCGCAUGUUGACUGUGGUGUGUUGCAGGUCACGGUGUCCACUGCAGCGUCGAUUGCGCGUGAUUUGCCGCUUCAUUUCUUUAUCGAUCGAUACAUGGACGCGUAUCGAGACGAAUUGGCUGCGUUUGUAGACGUGUGCUUGAACCCUGGGGCCGUCCCGCCAGUGUCGGGCCAAGACGGCCGCCAAGCCCUCAAGCUAGGGCUAGCCGCCACCCUCUCGCUCAAGGAGAACCGUCCUGUGAAACUCAGCGAAUUCCACUCGGGGUACCCCACUGGACGGUUGUAGUCGUUGUACAUAGACCAAUCAAAGCCACUAGUAUGCUUGCGACCUUUCGUGAAAAGAAGAUCUACUGCAAUAUCCGGAUACCUUUCCAUGGCUGCUUGACUUUUUCGCUGGUUACACUUAUAAUGUACGUUGCUGUCGC